GCAGAGAUUGAAAUGGUCAAAGAGAAAUUCUCAAAGCUUUUGCUGGGCGAGGACAUGUCUGGAGGAGGAAAAGGAGUCUGCCCAGCUGUCGCAGUUUCAAAUGCCAUCACAAAUCUGUAUGCUACAGUUUUUGGCCAUUUCUACAAACUAGAACCACUGCCAGUGGAGAAGAGGACUAUGUGGAGAAGAGAGAUGGACUGCCUUCUGUCUGUGUGUGAUCACAUUGUAGAAUUCUAUCCUUGCUCCCAUACAUUGUCAGAUGGAACCAGUAUUGAAAUGAUGGGAACUAAGUCAAGAUCAGACAUCAGCAUAAAUCUGCCUGCGUUGGAGAAGUUGGAUGCCAUGCUUCUUGAGCAAUUGGAAGGCUUUCAGAAGACUGAGUUCUGGUAUGUCGAAGAAGGCAAGCAAGCAAGUACGCCGACAAGGUCCUUCCGUAAGGUAGUCGAGCGGACCGAAGACAAGUGGUGGCUACCCAUCCCCUGUGUUCCAUCCUCUGGCCUCUCUGCGAAAGCAAAGAAAGAGCUUCGACUGAAGCGCGAGUGCACCAACCAGAUUCACAAAGCAGCCAUGGCUAUCAACAGCAGUGUCUUGGCUGAGAUGGAUGUCCCAGAAUCAUACAUAGCAGUGCUUCCAAAGAGUACCCGAGCCUGCAUUGGAGAUUCAAUAUACCGCCAUUUGUCUACAGCAGACAAGUUUUCACCAGACUGUCUUCUUGAUCAAAUAGAGAUUUCCUCGGAGCAUGAAGCACUCGAGAUGGCAGACAGAUUAGAAGCGUCCAUGUUCGUAUGGCGGCGCAGGGCAGGCACGCAGGCAUCCAAAUCCUCCUGGGGCAUGGUCAAAGAUCUAAUAGGUGAAGAAAACAAGAACGAGAUGCUCGCAAGCAGAGCUGAGAUCCUACUGCUCUCUUUGAAGCAAAGGCAUCCUGGCUUGGCACAGACAACUCUUGACACCAGCAAAAUCCAGUACAACAAGGAUUUGGGGCACGCAAUUCUUGAGAGCUACUCGAGGGUGUUGGAGAGCUUGGCAUUCAACAUUGUCGCAUGGAUUGACGAUGUUCUUUUUGUUCAUGCAUCAGUAAAAAGGCGUUUGAAAGCGAAGCAGCAAAAGAGUUAAAUGGGAAACUAGAAUCCCAAGCUUUGAACUAACUAUAUACAAAGAAUCUUGUUAAGCGAGGAGCAAUGAGAUUGGUGUCAAAAUUAAACUAACUUGUACAAUUUAGAA